CUCCUCUGCCGCCGUUGGAGAUCCGUCUGGAAAGGCGUCCCUGCCCUCAAUCUCAACAGACGUUCCUUCCACAGCUUCCCUACCUUCACCCAAUUCGUCUCCCACAUCCUCUCCAGCCGUUACGACUCCGCCGGGGUCGAGGAGAUUUCCUUCCAAUUGCAACUGGACACGUGGCCCGAGAUGUUCAUCGAUGCGGAGUUGAUGUACGGGACGCUCUUCGACUACGCCGCGUCGCACGGGAACCUCCUACGCUUGCGCGCAGUCUAUUGCGACCCAGAACGCGUCUGGAAGUGCUUUGCACCGAAGGCGUAUGCUUUCAGAACCCUCGUCACUCUGCACCUGGAGGCGUUUGGUGGGCCCCUGCCCGGCCCGCUCAGCGGCCGGGUCGACCCGUUUGUGGGUUUCCCCUGCCUGAGGGAUUUAACCUUGGUGCGAUGGUACUGGAUGGUUGAUGGCGGCGGCGGCUUGCCGGCUCCCGUGAGAAUCUCGGGGAUCCAAUUGCGGAAUCUCACCAUUGAGGAUGUCCCGUCAGAGGUGGAAAUAUUCGCACCGAAUCUCGUGUCCUUGUGCUACAAGGAUGUGGUGUGGCGUUCGGGGUUUGGUGACGCACAUAUGCCUUCCCUCGACCGCGCUUGUGUCCGAAUCUCCGGCCGUCGUCAUCUUGCUAAUUCCAAGGAUAGGAAUGGGGGUCGGUUGAUAACUCCGGUAAGAGUGGCCGCUAGGAGGUUGAUGAAAUUGUUUGAUGGGUUGGCGAGUGCAAGAACACUUGAACUACAUUCGGAUACCUUCGAGAUACUUGAAAGUAUUCACAAAUCAUUUGAAUCCCAGAUUUCUCCUUUUACUCGACUGAAGACUUUGGUCAUCAAUGUAGAGUGUAAGCAAAAGUUAUUUGACAUACCUUAUUCGUUGUCACACUACUUCUUCGGG